AUGGCAGCAACCAACGGAGAUGUUAUCGUAGCUCCCGAUGAUAAUGAUGUUGCCGAUCAAGACUCCUCUUUUGGAAGUGUAUGGGAAACGGCGUCGUCAACCACAAGCCUGAGAAGCUCCAUUCUUGACUACCGACGCGAAAACGGGAGAACGUAUCAUCGAUUCAAGGAUGGAAGUGGAGUACAACCUUCCCACGACGAGCGAGAGAAUGAAAGGCUAGACCUGCAGCACCAUUUGUUUCUCCGAACCUUCGACAACAAACUUGGUCUCGCCCCACCAAACCUGCCCGGUUCCAACGUCGAACGAGUUCUCGACGUGGGCACUGGAACAGGUAUUUGGGCAAUUGGCUUUGCGGAUGAUCAUCCUGAGGCCAAGGUUCUCGGGAUCGACCUUUCUCCCAUUCAGCCUAGCUUUGUCCCUGCCAAUGUGGAGUUCCAGAUCGACGAUAUUGACGAGGAGUGGAAUUAUUCUGCGCCGUUUACUUACAUUCACAGCAGAAUGAUGAACAUGAGCAUUCAGAACUGGGAGGAUUAUCUACGCAAAAUCUUUGAUAAUCUUGCUCCAGGCGGCUACGUCGAACUCCAAGAUAUUGAUGCUUUCAUGAAGUCUGACGACGGUACGCUUACCGAAGCACAUGCACUAUCGAAAUGGUGUAAGCUUCUACGUGAAGCAGCGGUCAAAUUUGGUCGCCCGUACAUACCAACCAAGGAAUUGAGGAACAUCAUGGACAAAGUUGGAUUCACCAACAUCGUUGAAACUCGUUUCAAGUGGCCGUCAAACUGCUGGCCCAAGGACAAAGAAUACAAGGACCUCGGAGCAUGGAACAAUGAGAACACGAACCUUGUUCUUGAAUCAAUCAGUUUAGCACCAUUAACGAGGGGCCUUGAUUGGACUAUCGAGGAAGUCAAUGUUCUUUUAGUUGAUGUGAGAAAAGAGUUGAAUGAUCCAAACAUUCAUGCCUACUGGCCAAUUUGCUCAGUUUAUGGAAGGAAACCAGAAGUUUGA